GUUCGGUCAACAAAGGCCACGUGGCCUGGAAAUUCCCAUCUGGGGGAUUUCCACUUUGCAGGUUCUCUCGGUAGUACUGCGACUGCUGCCAUCUGUUUCCGCAAACACCCAAAUUGUCACCAAAGCCAACAGCUGCUGCUCCACAAGCGUCGACGAUGUAACCCAGAAAGUACAUUCGACUGCCACACCCAUAAGGCACGGGAUGUCAAACCUGCUCCCAGAAAUCCCAGUGUUUGACCCGGGCGGGCGUGGGAUGAGCGGGAUCACAUCAGCUGAGCAAGGGCAGCACGGCCUGCAGGCAAACAACUCGACGGUUUUACAUCCUCCGGUGGAGACAACACCGGGUUCAUCCUGGAUGACCUCGGCAGAAAUUCAAAAGAUCCUUCAAGAGAAUGAGAUUUUGAGAGAGCGGAUGAGAGGCCUGCAGAGCCUGGGCCUGCUCCUUAAUGAGUCCCAGGCAGAGGCACUGCGGUUAAGGCAGAGGGUAGAGGACUUGGGUCGUGAGUCUCCUCCCAACGCUUCUUUUCAACGCUGUCUUUCCCCAAACAGCUCCUCCUCCUCUUGGACAGAAGCCGUGGUUCCACCUGGCAUCUCUUGGUCAAAGCAAUAUUUGAAAUUCGAAGGAAGCUCUUCUAAACCGCAACCGCCAAUGCACGAAGUCGCGGCCCUCCAACCACCAGACGUGCAGCUGAGAGACGUGUCGGCGCAAAUGCAGCGAUUGGAAGACUCCAUCAUUCACUGCGCCACGGAGCUCGCCGAGUCGGCCGACGCUGCCGCGCGGGGAACGUCCGCCGCGGGACAGCCGGAGCCGCCGGGGGAGUCGCCCAACGUGGCUCAGCGGGCCCAGACGGACCUCUCGGAGCACUUUGCCCGGCUGGCUCACAAGUUCCACCAGCUGUCCGGCGUCGUGAAGCAGAACAGCCAGAAGACCUCGUGCAUGCAGGUCCUCUGCGAGAGACUCGCAACCGAAAACCAAGAGCUGAAGAAGAAACUUGAAGGGGAAGGGAAACAACAGCAUCAGACGACCGAAGCUCGUCGGCAUGAAUGUGAGAGGCCGCUUGGCGAGAAGAAUGACAAAGCGAGCGAGAGUGAGAGUGACAGUGAUGCCGGCCUCAGGGAAUUUCACCAACUCACGGCCGUGGCCUCAAGACACAAUCAAACAUCCAGAUCUGAAAAGCCAAAGAUGAUCGAGAAGGCGGACAAAGCGUUGGGCGGCGACCCCGCCGCGGUGGAGGUGCUCUCGCAGAAGGUGCGGACGCUGGAGAGACAGCGCAAAGAGCUGCUGGAGGUGAACAAGCAGUGGGAUGAGCAGUUCCGGACCAUGAAACAGCAGUACGAGGCAAAGGUCGUGGAGCUGCGGGGUCGGCUGUCGGCGGCGCAGAAGCAGAUGGCCACGGCGGGCGAGGGGCAGGAACGGCGCCAGCGCGAGUACGACCGCACGCUCGUCGUCGCCAAGAACCGUCUGGAUCGUGAAGAGCAAGAGCGGGAGCGGCUGCGCAAGGAGCUGGCGGAGGAGAAGAAGAAAACCAAGACGGCGCAGGAGCAGCACGAGGCGACCACACGGCACAAGGAUCUGUUGGAGCGGGAGGUGUGGCGUCUCAACCAGAGCCUGGCUGAGUUACUGGCGGUGUCUCCCGGCUGCGCCAUGGUGCAGGAGUCGGCGGCCUGGCACCAAGCCCAGGCCUGCGAGCCCCCGUGCCGCCAGGAGGACCUGCGGACGCAGAUCGCCGUCAUGAGGCAGCAGCUUAAGAUCUACGAGGAAGACUUCCAGAAGGAGCGAUGCGACCGCGAGCGGAUGAACGCCGAGAAGGAGGAGCUGCGGCUGCAGAUGGAGCAGAAGGUCACAGAGACCGGGCUUCUUCGCGCACAGUUGACCACCUAUGAAGAAGACUACAAGAAGGAGCGGGAGGAGAAAGAGAGGCUACAGAAACAACUAAGGGGACAGCGACAGGUGCUGGACGUCGACCACCCGCUGGCGCCCAUGGAGGCGACUUGGACCGAGCCGUAUGGCGAGUACCACUACGUGGUGCGCUACCCGCCGGGAGACCCGCGCGCCGUCGCUGCCGUCGCUACCGCACACCCGCCAGCAAGCCCUGCGUCGCCACGCUCCCCUGCUCAUGUCAAGUUUCAGCGUUGGCCAAGAGACCAAAGAGCUGGGCCACGACCGGCGGUAAACCCCGUGAUGCCUGCGGACAUGGAGGUGGACGGCACCGCUGCGGGAUCCCCAGAAAACCAGCGGUAAAGCAUAAGCAGCGACUGGGCAUUGGGGGAUUUGUGUUCCCGAGAGGCGGUGGGGAGGGUGGGGGGGAGUUUUUCCCUGCAAGUGUGUUCGCCUGUACCACUCCGUUCCCGUGCAGCACAGGGGUCCACAUAUGCGUUGGAGCAGAUGGAGAGAGUCCUAGAGCGUUCAAUGGUGGCGGCGGAGGAGGAGGGGCGGGGGGAGGCGGCUGUACUUGGAAGUCGAGGAAGGGCCGUGAGAGGGUGAUGAUGCCGUGGGUGAGCAGGAAGCGUUGGGGGCGCACGGAGAAAUGUACCGCGUCACUGGGCCCCGGCAAAAAAAAAAAAAAUCCCUCGCCAGGAAUGGGAAGGGAUGGUUCACGUCACGGCAUGAAUUGAUCAGGAGCCGCACCUCUUUUUACCCCUCUCGCCCCCCAAAAAUUAUGGGGGGGGGGGGGGGAAAAAUUCAAGGUGAUCCAUUUAUAGAUACCCACUAAAAUAAAACACUUUUGAGAGGCUUUAACUCAUGGCAUCCUGUACACACCGCACAGCCACGAAUCUCUAUCCAUACCCUUACCAACUUGCUUCUUCCCCCAGUCUCCUGUAAGAUUGGGAAGCCAUUGCUCUCACCAUAUUUAAUCAGCUGUUGAGAAUAAAGUAAGGUGGUGCAAUUGGGAUAUCUAUAAAUGGAUCACCCUGUAUAUAUCUUGAUUCCACUUGAGGCAAAAGGAUGCCGUUUUAUUAAAUGGUUUGUUGUCACCAGGUGCCCCAAAAUAUAAUUCCUAGAAGUAAAACUAAAGCAACGAUACAUUUAUACGACUGGAAUUGCAACAGGAAAGCUACGUGUUGUAGCUUCCCCCUGGCUUUGUAUAGUCAAGCUUGUAUGAUUAUGUGGGGUGUGCUAUUCCGUGUUUGAAUGCGAGGGUGAAUGUUGGUCAGGAAAGCCGCGAGUGUGAGUUUUGCUGUGUGGGUGGGCUGGUGGAGUUGCAGUUUGUGGUUUGGGAAGGUAAUUGUUUGAUCGUGUUACCUUUUAACUUAAUAAACUAGUCAUGUUUCAAACCCAGUUGCUGCUUUAAUUCUAAGAAAAUUUUGAAUUUCUGAUACAUUGUAUUUACAGUGAAUGAUGUCGGUGUAUUGUUUUGUCCAUGGGGCCGGAGGUUAAUUCUUCGGUACCGUUGGGGGGUGGCAAACGCCUACCAGCAGCAGUGUCUGCAUACAGCAAGUCGAGGUGGAUCGUGUUGUUGUUGUUGCUAUAUCCGUUUUUGAACAGGAGAUGAAAUAAACAUGCUGAGAACGCAUGGAAGGGCGACCUGGGUUGAUCGCGAUAGCGUAACUUGUUGAAUAAGUCUUGCAUAAUUCACUUCAAUAGGCGCUUUCAAGAUCUUGGAAUGACUAAAAGUGUUGCCAUCUCGGGUGGUACCAACGAGUAACGUAUUUGGUUCGGGCUCAUGGACUGUGUUGGGCUCCCCAUGUGAGUGAGUUGGGAUUUUGGUGCUGUGUAGUGUUGAUGUGAUGUCAAAGACAACGUAUGAAUGUAUUUUUUUUCAAUUGUGGUUGCCUUGUUGGUCCACCGCAUUCCACGUCCCCUCUCGUGCUCGCUUCGUUCCCAGCCUUCUCUGUCUCUCUCUGUGCCCAAUCCCGUUUUUGGCCCUCGCUCCUUGCAGCCCUCCUUUGUAAAAAAAAAAAAAAUUUCCCCUGUUCACGAAGCAAUCCCCCCUCCUUAACGUCAUCCGUUCUUCUCUCAAAGCCUCGCCACCUCUUCUCCAUUGCUCCAUUCUCUUCCUCUUCCCUCCCCUCGCCCCUCCACUCCUUCACGUCCCUCCCCUACCCUCAUCCCCCCUCUAUCGCUGUCAUUCAUUCCUCAAUGGUUUGCAUGACCCGUGCCAUAUAAAUCAUUAUUUUCUGUCCCUCUUCUUGUAACUGUGUCAAGCGCCUUGAGUGAAGGCAUUCUAUGAAUAUAAAUUCGAUUGAAUUAAUGGACGAUGUUGGGGUUCUAUCUCUGUAAGAUGAGACUGCUGUUAAUAGAAACUAAGCCAGCAAGGUCACAGUGAUAAUCCUGAAUGUUUCGUUUCCCGAGAAAGGGACAUUGUGGUGACGUGUUAUAAAAGUCAACUGUGGCUUAUUUCAGGGUAUGAGUGAGGGAUGAUUUUGGUUUCUGUGUGGCUCCUGUUCUGAUCGAAAGAGUGAAACUAAGAGCGUGCGGUGUAUUCAAUUGACAUGAUUGUGACGUUUAAUUGAUGACGAAUGGUGAUGCCUGUUAAAGUGGUAUUUUAUGACAAGUUGAAAAUGUAUGACUCUUAUGAAUGUGGCAAAAAAAAUGUUGCAUGGAAAUACCAGUUUCAAAUUUACAAAUGAGAGCACACUCACGGAUUAUUCAAAGCACUGAUAUCAGCGGUGGUCAUACACAUUAAUUUUGCGUGAAAUAUUGGUUUUUAAAAUGUUAAGCAUUCCAGUGCAUUGGUGAUCUUUUAUGCAUUUGUUCUUAACAGCUGUAAUUGUUCUGAAGACACUUAUGCAGUGUCAUGGGUAAUAUAUUAUAAAUCAUUAAGCGCAUUCAUUCUGAUGGUUACUUUAGUCAUUUGCAAUAUCUCCAUAACCUGCACUUGCCCUAUACCGUACAUAUGAACACCGUUCAGCCACAGUAACCAUAUACGUAACUAUAUACAAGUUAGGACAUUGCUUAAGACGAACGCUUUGGUUCAGCAGAGGUGAAUUGUGAGUGCUGUUUGUGACGACAGGUUUUGCUUAUCUGAGACCACGAUGUGUGCAUGUCAACAAAGCUACCCAUGAUCCUUUGCAGAGGGCAAAGGGCGUAAUCUAUAGUCUCGCCUUGAGUCAGGUUCCUCUGGGUACCGCUGGAUAGCCGCGAGUACAGCUUACCGUUCCGGCUGUGUGUCGGGUUGUGUUCAUCGUUUCAUGACCUGACCCGUACCCAAACGGCAAGCUGUACAAAGGACUUUGUUCCAACUCGUUUUGUGCGUAACCGACCUGAUCCAGGACCCGAGUGUAAUCAAUAGGAAGCACUUAUAUCCCUAAAUUCUUUAUGCAUUAUGAACCAAUUAAACGAAGCUCAGGGAUUUUUUUUUUAAUUCGAGAAUGGUUUUCCCAGUUGAGCCGCGUGUUGAGCGGUCAUUCUCCCAAGCUCUCGCCACGCACGACUACGGGCAUCCGGCAUCGGCUUCAGUUCAACGCCGCAGCAGAAAGCCCACGGCAGCAGCAGCAGCGUGGCAAAAGCUCGAGAGGGAAAUUGUGCAGCCCGACCCGGCAAAACCGCGCUUGGAUUACGGGAGGCCGCCCAAUCUUUUGUGUUGAAAAAUCAUUGCUCGCGAUAACUUACGUUGUUGUUCCGAACCCAUUUGAUUUGGGCAUUGUUACGCAAUCAAAACUGCCGCUUUAUUUUUGAUGGCCACACGCCAACAACAUGCCACCCGGCUAUGAUGGCAAAGUGUCGUGAUUGUAAUUUUAUUUUCUUAAACCCAACUGUCAUAGCCCACCUGUUCAGUGCCAUCUGCGAUGUGUGCGAUGCUUUUGGUGCACAAGAGCAAUGGGCGGAUUUAGAUCGGAGCGCGCACAACUGUCCAUGUAAAAUCGAGGCUCGUAUUAAGCAUGGCUGAGCAGCUAAGUAAUUGAAGGCCUUCACACUCUGGAAAUGUACCGGGUUUUUCUCAAUGUUAAACAUCACGUGAACAUUAAGCCCAUUUAUUAACUCAAUACUGUAUACAAGCCAAAUCAACUUUAUAAGGAAGUGGGAUACCAAUAACUAUUGUAUUAUUACACAGGGACGUGGGAUUACAGUAAUAUGACUUAAUUGCUUAAGCUUUCGUUAUUUGCCAAUUUUAUUACACAAACAUCGUUUACAUGAAAAAAAACGAAUUCCCGUCGGCAGAUCACAUCCUUUGCUUCAACCCGUAUAUGCAGUUUCCACAUAGUGCUGCCGCUGCCUGACAUCAUACGGCCACAAUUUGUUUAAUCUCAAAUGGUCUUAACACGGCUGGGUGCGUUAUGCACCCAGGUAGUGAUGUCAUGACACAUGCAAAGCAUGCUGGGGUAGACCCAAGCUCAUUGGGCGUAAUAGCACGUGUCACUGUCUUGGAAAUUCACCUCUGGUCUGCGUAUUUUAUUACUCAGAAGCUAAUGCGCUUAAAUCCGUUGACGGCUUAAUCCAGUGACAGCCCGGGUGAGCCUGAAGGGGCGGGGGAGGUGGAUGUGGAGGGACAGUUUUGCAGGGUCGAGCCGGGGCAGGACGUGGAGCAGAUGAACUCGACCACCAGCCGAGAGGGACCUUCUUUGGCUUGAGUUUCCUGCCGGCCGUGUGUGGCGAAAUCCCCGCGUUUCUACCGCGGACCCAUGCGUGCCGCGUCCCAGGUUGAAUGUGGGUGCGGGUUUAACAAAACCAAAACGAACUGCCCCACAGAGUUAAAAGCCAAUUUAGAUACAUUUCAACCACGUGGCACGAUGGGCCCGUCUGUGUAUUUGCGUCUUUGUGUGGCUGAAGGUGCAGAGGAGGAUGUUUUGCAUGUGGGAAAGUUCCACGUUGCGCAAGGUUUUGUUGCCCUGUUUGCGUGCCGACCGGUACAAGGUCACCGCCCCCCCCUCCCUCUACCACGACCCUGACAACCACUGAAUCUGAUCUUGGGCUCAUCUCCAGACAUUCCUGCAGCCAUUAUUAUCCACGUUGGUUAUUUGCGGUGACAUUUGGUUAUAUCGAUAUGCUUUCGAGGGUGGCAGUUAAGGAGGGCACCCGUGAGGCGCACAGACACGUGAGACGCAAAUAAAGGCAAAAUGCCGUGUUCUUAAUUCCAAUGCGUAUGGUUUGCAAAGUUGUCUAAUUCCUUAAACGCUUAUUGUCAUCGACAACCAGGAAAAAAAACCUCUUUCAUUUCCGCAAUAAAAUUAACGUACCUGUAUACCUGUUCAUGUUUUCACCUAUAUACAGGGCUUCAUUUGAUUAUUUUUUUCAAAUGUAUCAUUGUGGAAUGCUUUGGUGUCUGCCGGCUGAGUCGCUCUUCCAAAAAAAGAGCUUCUUAGCUCUAUGAGUUUCACUCGGGAAAUACCAUUUUGAUUAUGAUUAUUUUUGGCGACCGACCCCCCCCAUUCCGCCCACCCUCCUGGCUGGAUAACAGUGGAGGGGGGGGGGCCAGGAGGGUCUGUGGGUGAGAGUCAUUAUUUUCCAGAGGCCAACCCCGGACAGCUCUGUGAAUACAUCACUUUAUAACUUCGUCUAAAACUCGACCCAAGCCAACCACUGCGGUGUGCACCGAGCCUCAUUCAUCACGUCCAGUGGUGGUGUUUUGUUGCUUCGAGCAUCUGCAUCGGGUGCCCCUCUGUGAAGAGAUGUGCGUUCUAACACGCGCGAGCAGCUCGUUAUUAACGACGUGCGGGAGGCUGUUCUACCACGCGCGUGCCAAAGGUCGCCGCCGUGAGCCUCCCGCCAGCGGCGUUGCCGUACCCUGGGAGUUUUAACACAACCAGCACAAAAUGUCCCGUAAAAGGAAGUUCGUUAUGUACGCGAUGAUAAUAAGACGGGGGUAAAAAAAAAGGAAUAUUUUGCCGAGAUUUCUUCACGUGGCUGGUACGGUGGUGUGUUCUGGGGCAAAAAAUAAAACUUAACUUGUUCUUUUGCCAGAUAAGCCCCAACUGAGCGAUAUACAGUAGCUAUUUUUCAGAAGCGACCUGGCUCUCACAAAUGAUAGCUCAACGAAAUCAAGUGUGUAGAAAUGUGUAGCAGCCAAAUACUCUAAAAGGGAUGUUUCUAAAUGUGGAGGGGAAAACCGGAGGACCCGAAGAAAAAUCUACGCGACCACGGGGAGAAUAUGCAAACUCCAAAUAUAGAGGUGUCAGGGUCGGGAUUGAACCCACGAGGUAGUUAACAUCUCGCCACAAGCUCAUCGUUCAGAAAGUCGGGUUGUGAUGAGAGCAUGUGAAUAAAGUGGCUAAUGUUUUUUUUAAUACUUGUGUUCAAUUAGCGAGCCCGCGUGGGAAGAUGGCGACAUCAAAGUAGAUUAACUGUCCGUUGUAUUCUUGGGUUGGACCGCGUGCUGUUCGGCAUGAUCUCAGCACUUGGAGCAAAACGUCGGACAUUGUGCCUUCAGCACGCGGUACGACCCACGAAAAACAUCGGAGAGCCGUACGGAACAACCGCGAAAAACCCUACCCAGUGGGCUCAAAGGUAGAUUCUCACGCGUUUCAGUGUCGAGAAAUGGGAUUGUCAAUUUUUGUUUCCCAGGACUUCUCAUUAACAAGGGUUAAAUAUUGGACCGCAUUUGCACUGCGGUAGUGAGAAGUAACCUCCCUCGCCUGGCAUGUCAGGAGGUAGUGGGUUCGAUCCCAACCCUGACGCAUGCUGUAUAUUUGGAGUUUGCGUGUUCUCUCGGUGGGCGCGUGGAUAUAUUUCCGGGUCCUCCGGGUUUUCCGGAGGAAUUAUUUUGGCUACUGUACAUUUCCGCGUGAUGGGCCGCUUCGUUCAGCUUUCAUUCGUGGCCUGGACGCUUCUGAAAGAGAAGCUAGCAGCUCAGUGGGCCUUACCUGGUAAAAAAAAUAACAAUACUCUGGGCGGUAAUGUCAGCCAGCCGGACAGUUGAGAUUUGAGUUGGAAACCUUGGUGACCCCACGAACGGCCCCAUGGCCCUUACGUGGACCCCUAGAUCCACUCGGAUGUGUUGGGGUGAAACCUAGUUGAGGACACGUGGUAUAGCAGGUCUUGUCACGUGUGUUUUGUGAGAAAGGUCUGGUUGGCCUUGGGUAGGUUUAAAAAAUAUAUAUCUGUAUUAAUGUAUUUACGAGUGCAACGAUUUGCUAUUCGCAUUAAAGUUUAACUUGAGUGUUCCAGACGCUACGAGUAGCCUUUACUAAUCCUAGUUGUGAUUAUGCUGUCGCAGAACUAUGUAACGCAAACGAAAUUCAAUAAAGGUUGUAAUCUAA